GCAAAUUUAGUUGCAGCAAACAUUUCAGCUGCCAGCAGCCACCGCUUCUUUCUUUCCCUCACUCCGCGGCCGUAACACGUUUUUUUCUACUUGCUUCGGUUUUAUUAUUCCCAGCUAGCGACAACGCGCUUUUAUUUCUUCCUCUGCUUUCACUUACAGCCUGUACUGACUGUAUAUCAGCGUCUGUGUGGAAAAUAACCAUCAGAUAAACAUUUUAACCGACGUUAAUUCAGGAGGAGAGGACGUCUGAAUCCGUCUGGACUACACACAGCGAGACAGCAAGCAAGGACAUGCAGAAGAGAGGUCAGUGAGGAGGAUGACAACAGAAGAAUAGAUGACGGCGAAGGAGGGAUGAGAAAGAGACUGAAAUAAGAGGAGGAAGUGGAACUCCAAAGUGCCUACUGCGAGGGGUCGUCUGCUGCUGUUUAGCUGCUGGAUGAGAGCAGGACGGGGCUCAAUGUGUGUUUGGCCUUGAAUGGAGGCUAUAUUUUAUCCUGACAGCCACAGAGUCAUCCAUCCCACGUUGCUGAGCUGCAGUCCCCACAUACUGAGCUGAGCCUCCACCUCAUCUCAUCACUGCGAGAACGCCAUUCCUAUAAGGUUUUGAAAUCUUCUCUCUCAGGCCGUUCAAACACAACUACAGCGACUGCCCCAGCCUCGGCCAUGUUGACGUGAAUGUAACCGUGACUUAUGGUGGGCGUCAGACGAUUCAGGUGAAGGCACAGACUCUCAGUGACACAUGCCAGAGUGAUGUCCUCAGAGUAGCUUCUGUUUUUUCUUUUUUUUUUUCUCUCUGCGAGACAGAGCUGGCCUCUGCUCACAGUCUACUCCCUCUAUCUCAAACUUCAGCUGCCACUUUUCCCAGGAAGAACUAAUAAACAACCCCAAAAAUACACCAACCGAAAGGACCUGCUGCCUAUUAGGAAAAACUGAAAAUAUUUUUGCUUCUGUUUCUGUUUCGCUGGGGAUUUUUUUUUUCUUGCAUCACUAUUAGUCACCCUUGCUCUCACCGGACAGUUUUCCGUCCAUCUGCCCUCGCCACCGCUCAGUGCUUGUGAGCGACUCUGAUGGCUGUCAGCAUGACCAUGGGACGGGACACCAAAUGGCUGACCCUGGAAGUGUGUCGUGAGUUUCAGAGAGGCACCUGCUCGCGGUCUGAUGCCGAGUGCAAGUUUGCUCACCCCUCCCGGAGCUGCCAUGUGGAGAAUGGCCGAGUCAUCGCCUGCUUUGACUCGCUCAAGGGGCGCUGCACCCGUGAGAACUGUAAAUACCUGCAUCCACCGCCGCACCUGAAAACCCAGCUGGAGAUUAACGGGAGGAACAACCUGAUCCAGCAGAAGGCCGCCGCGGCCAUGUUGGCUCAACAGAUGCAGUUCAUGCUGCCCGGAGCACAGUUGCAGCCCAUAACAACAUUCCCAGUGACGCCCUCCCUGGCAACGAGUCCCAGUAUGGCGUUCAGUCCAUAUCUAAGCCACAUGGGCCCAGGCAUGGGCUUGAUGCCUGAGCUGCUGCCCAGUACUCCCCUGCUGGUCCCUGGGAGUCCCACCGGCCUAGCAGCCAUGGGCAACGGCACCUCCGCACAAAAACAUGUGCGCACAGACAAGCUGGAGGUCUGUCGAGAAUUCCAGCGCGGUAACUGCACGCGGGGCGAGAGCGACUGCCGCUACGCUCACCCUCUGGAGGCCGGCAUGGUGGACUGCAGCGAAAACUCCGUCAUUGUGUGCAUGGACUACAUUAAGGGCCGCUGCAGCCGAGACAAGUGCAAGUACUUCCAUCCCCCGGCUCACCUGCAGGCCAGGAUCAAGGCUGCACAGCACCAAGCCAGUCACAACACAGCGUCCGCAGGCCUGGCUCUGGGUCCCGGUGCCAUGCAGCAGCUACCAAAGAGGCCAAUCUUAGAGAAGAGCAACGGAGCAGCUGCCGCCGUCUUUAACCCCAGCAUGUUCCACUACCAGCAAGCCCUGGCUAACAUGCAGCUCCAGCAGCCAGCCUUCAUCCCCACUGUUCCCAUGAUGCACGGUGCCACCACCUCCACUGUUUCGUCGGCUUCGACCCCAGUCACCAAUGUUCCUUUCGCUGAAUCUGCCGCCUCGAAUCAGUAGACCCGUCUGAGCUCCUGACCCCUGAUCCAGUGGAGCUCCAGUGCGUUCCCAUGGAAACCCAUUUCUGUCCCGUCCCCAAACUGCUGGUGGCGGCUCCAGUGGCGCUAAACUCAGUAAGCCUUUCCC